GCGCCAAUCAUGCAUUCAAGAACCUACCUGCUAUUAGAGCGGGAUUAUGAGGAUCUGCAGGAGACCCCGCUCUAUGGUAUUUCUGUAAGACCAGCAGAGGACAACUUCCUGAGCUGGAUAGCCAAGGUCCGAGGGCUGAAAGACUCCCUCUGGGAAGGGGCUGCUCUCCAGGUCUCCUUGUCAUACACAGAAGAAUACAACUACGUCCCCCCAACUGUUAUAUUCAACACCAUCCCAUUUCACCCAAAUGUCGAUCCAAGAACCGGACAGCCUUGUGUCGAUUUCCUGGACAAGCCGUCAGACUGGAACCCGCGAUACACCAUGAGCUAUGUGCUGCUGGCCAUCCAGGUUCUACUUUCCAAUCCCGUGCUGGAAGAUGUUGUUAAUUUGGAGGCCGCAGACGCUCUGCUGAACAGACCCGAGGAGUACAGACAGAUGGUGCUGAACUGUGUGGAGAUCAGCAGACAGAUUGAUGCUGGUUCAGUUCAAGAUUACGCACCGGUUAGGAAGACAUCGCCCAUGGAGAUAACACCUGCACAGAGGAAGAUAAAAGCCAUUUCUUUUGAAGAUUAUCACAAAAUUUGGAAUGAAAUCGCAACAUCAUCAGAAACUGAAGACUUGAAAGCAGCAAAUACAACAUCAUUAUCCGAGGGCUCAUUGGCAGGAGAACAGGAGCAAUCCCAUCCAUACAGCCAGAGAGUGAAGAAGACCCUCACAGCUGUGUGUUCUGCAGGUUGUCGGAGAACUGCGGCGUCGACUUCCUGGGACACUCCGAGCCACGUACAAGCCAGAGAUCUGAUGUCCACGGAGAUGCUGCAACGUGGUUCUGUGGGUCCGGCCGUGACGGAGAACCUCGGGAAGAGGAAGUGGACCACCUGGUGGCCUGGACUAAUACACUGAGUUCUCAAUCACUAGAAGACUGAGGAGGGGGGAGGGGGGCUAGAACCAGCCAACGGA